AUCUCAAUGCUGUCUUCGGAAUCUUUCAAACGCCACAUUGUCUGGCCUCUCUUGUAUUCUCUUUUUGCCCAUACCUUAAGUCUUUACGACACUUGCAUAAUCCUCUUCGUACCCAUGCGGGGUGACUAGCAAGUUGCUCAGUGUAGAGACUAUAUGCAGUACACCCAAUCGUCUAGUAGCACUUUGGUACACAGUACGGUCUGUCGGUAGGUUUCAAUCUCCAGCCUGAAGAUCCUGUUGUCGUUGCGCAAGAAGGGACUCUUCAUCAAUCUCAUACACAGCAUAUAUUUGUGGGUGAUUCACCUUCAAAAACUUGGCUCUCAGAAAACGAGGCGAUAUAGUCCGACUCGGACUGAGAUUGUUUUGAGUUACGCGCAUUGACAAUUCUGAUGUUUAUGACUUCCAGCUUUUGCCAGCGCAGAUCGGCCAGCUACGAUUGGAGGAUGCAUGAUGACAAGACAAAUCGAACGAUUUCCACUGGGGAUCGCCUCGGUUUCGUUCCUAUUUGCACUUUGGCCCUCGUGAUCUCUGUCUCAGUUUCACAGAGUGCUGCCAUCCUUGUUAGCGCCUCCACCAUCUCCCAGCGUAGCCCCUUCAAUGAACGACGAGCGAUUUCCCUUGGUGCUAGAGCUUCCGACAACGCCCAGGCAGCCAUCUAUUUCAUGACAAAUGACCAGAGGGGCAAUUAUAUCGUCGCAGGUGAAGUUGCCAAUGAUGGUUCCGUGACGUUCCGACAAGCUAUCGCCACUGGCGGACAGGGAAUGCACGGAAACUCGACGGGUGCCGACGGGCUCUACUCCCAGGGUUCUGUUCAAGUCCACAACAAAGAAGGUCUUCUGGCUGUGGUGAACGCCGGUUCGCACACUGUAUCUCUCUUCGGCAUCGAUGCUACCAACCCAGUGAAUUUUGGUCUGAUUGGCACGGCCGAUAGUGGUGGAGAAUUCCCGAAUUCUGUAGCCUUCAACAAGGCUGGUUCUGAACUGUGUGUUCUCAAUACCGGAAAAGUUAAUGGUGUAAACUGCUAUAGUGUCGAUAAACGCACUGGUCUUCGGCCCUUGUCCGACACUCGUCGUUCCCUUGAGCUUAUCCAGACAACGCCUGCUACAGGCGCGCCAUUCACCGCCAGUCAAGUGAACUAUAAUGAAGAUGAGAAUAAGCUCAUCGUGGCAGUCAAAGGAAAUCAAACCGACCAACCAGGCUUCUUUGCGGUGUGGGACAAGAACGGCGACAAGCUCUCUUCCACAUUCAAAAAGAUUCCGGUGCCUUCAGGUGGUGCUCGUCCUUUCUCGCUCAGUAACAUUCCAGGAAAGAAUGCAGUCUUGGUCGCCGAUCCUGCUGUCGGGGUCGAGGUCCUAGACCUUUCAUCAGGCAGGCCGCAAGCUACGAGCAUCAAUGGCCAGCAAGCGACCUGUUGGUCUGUUUACAGCGCAAAGACGGGACACUUCUACCUUGUUGAUGCUGCUGGAUCGAUGGUAAGGGAAGCAAGUGUUGACGACAGUCUGCAUCCCACCAUCAUCCAGCAAUAUCCUUUGACCAACAACUCCGGUCCUCUCGACAGUGCCAUUGCCACAGUGAACGGCAAAGAUUACCUUUACAGCCUCGCACCUGGAACCUCAUCUGUCGAGGUUCUUGCUCUCGAAGGCCCCGGUGCAGCCACCCGAGUCGGCGCAUUUGAUUUUGCCGCUGCAGCCAAAGGAUCGAGUCUCCACAUCGAGGCGAACAACGUGCAAGGAAUGGCAACAUAUUCAAAGCAAUCUUAAUUGUAGGCUUUCGCGAGAUCUGAUCAGUCUUAUGACAUGAAGGGGGCCAGCAUUCGGUUGUGAGUGUUGAUGCUUAGUCCAUUGUUUUGCUUCGUUUAUUUCUAGUUGCGUACAUUGGGACAUUUAUCCACUUUAUUCGCAUGAUUCAUAAUAUAUGAUGGUUCGAUCAAACCGCUCGGCC